CAGUAACAGAUGGCACCACAUAAAUAACUUAAUAAUUAGUGAUUAGAGAUGCUUCCAAUGGGGGCGUGUUGUGUUGUGUGAUAUAAAUAAUGGUUCCUUGUAACCAAAAGUAACACAACAUAAUCUUCUACAGGUUUCUGAAACGAGCGCUUAACGGUUUCCUUCUUUAUUGGCCAAUUUUAUUUAGUUGCUUUCAUAGGAAGCUGUUAUUCUUUCUGGAACAGAAGAAGAAGAAAGAAGAAAGAAGAAAUUGAACAAAAAGGGUUUAAGAGUAUAAAGAACUAGCCAGAGUCUCUUCUAUUCAGUGGUCUCCGAAGCCAUCAUCACCUUGUUGUGUAUGGCAGCUGCUCCUCCAUUAAAUUGUGGGGCAGAGAUUUUGAUUUCUAUCAAACUUUCCUUAUUUAUAUACUAUCUCUGAACAUUUUGGAGAUUCUUUUGUCCUUUAACUUCUUUUCUGUAUCCCUCAUAUAUUGGGUCAGCAGAUCCUUAUUUGAUUGAGUCAUUAUUUGUGAUCACAGAGAUUUUGAUCAGAACAUAAAUUUGUUGCUGACACUUUUACUACUACAACUUGUCUUUCAAGCGUUUCUCAUCAACACCAUAAAGUAAGGAACAGAUUCUGUAAAUUGUUCAUCUUUUCAAAAAUUUUGUUAUCAAGGAAUUUUUCUUUUGCUAUUUACUCCCACAAAAAGAAUGAAAAGCUCAAGUAGUCAAUACCCUGUAAAUUCUGUUUCCAAGCUUUUCAAUGCUCAACUCCAUUUUGUUCGGUUUCUUACCUAUAUCUUGAUUCUGGGGUUUGGUGUCACCAUUGGAGUCAUCUUUAGUUUCUACCUUAAAGACUGCACCUUUAGUCUCCAAUUCACUCAGUUAUCAGUCUCAGCCUUACCCCGAAAAGCGUCUAUGCAGCCGCCGCCGCCGCCACCAGCGAUCACGGAAACACAGACGUCCAAUCACAGCCAUGUAGGAUUAAAGGAGUUCCUUAAGCCUCCUCCAAUCAUGCAUGACAUGGAUGAUAAGGAGCUUAUGUGGAGGGCUUCAAUGAGUGCAAAGAUCCCUGAGUACCCCUUUGAUAGAGUUCCAAAGGUGGCAUUCAUGUUCUUGACAAGGGGUCCUUUGUUCUUUGCACCUUUGUGGGAACAAUUCUUCAAAGGGCAUGAAGGGUAUUACUCAAUAUACGUGCACUCCAAUCUUAUAAAAAUUUUAAAUUCGUAUGUCUACGUGUCUUAUGUCGUGUUGUGUCCUGUGUACAUGUAG